CUUUAAAAGCGUGUGCAUGAAGAUCGUCUCUCAUUCGUUUAACGAGAUGUCGGAUUCGAAUUCGCCGAAAACGGAUGCAAGCAGUUCAAACCUUUCAGGAAAUUUACGGCAGUUUCGAUUUCAGAAGAAACAACUGAAACCGUCGAACAUGUCGGAUGAUGACAGCAAUUUAGUAUCUUCUGAGAUUCAAUUCAGACGUAAAGCAGUAAAUGUAAUUGAAGACAGCGAUAGCGAUUCUGAUAAUGCCACUAAGAAUGCGACAUCUUCGAACCACAAGAAUAAGGAACUAGAUAAAAAUACAAAUUGGAACAGCGACGAGGGUGAUGAAGAUUCAAGGAACACUAGGAAGAGACCCUUGAAAGGAUCUUCUGUAUCCAAUAAGAAAAAAAAAAGAAAAUAUAAUCAAACCGAAGAUGUUGACGUUGAUUCAGAUGAACAAUGUUUUAAGGAUAAAGUAUUUGAUAGUGAUGAAGAUUCAGAUAUAGAAAUAUCUAACGAACUCACCGGUGAUAAGAAAGCAGUUUUAGAAUUCAUGCAAAAUGCUCUGACAACAGAGUUACUUUUAAUGUCUCAGUGUUCUCAAAAGAAAACCAAUGCUAUCAUAGAAGCAAGGCCAUUCAAAGAUUGGAGAGAUUUAGUUCAGAAGUUUCAGAAUAAUAAAUAUUUAGAUACAGAACUUUUGAAUUCAGCUCAGGAAUUAUUGGCUACCAGACAUGCGGUUGAAACUCUGAUGAAAAAAUGCCUCCGUUUAUCUACAAAUAUUGAAAGGGCUGUAGCUGUGGGAGCAUCAGCCAUCACAAGUCAACCAAAAGGACUACCAGCAAAUUUAAAAUUAGCUUCGUAUCAGAUGGUUGGGUUAAAUUGGCUUGCUGUGAUGCAUGCACAAAAUGUUAACUGUAUACUAGCGGAUGAAAUGGGUUUGGGAAAGACAGUUCAGGUAAUAGCCUUUCUUACGUAUUUGAAGGAGGCUGGUCUUAAGGAUGAAAAAGAUGGACCACAUUUAAUUGUAGUUCCUAGUUCAACAAUGGAAAACUGGAAGAACGAGUUAGAGAGAUGGUCACCUGGGUUGAACGUUGUACAGUAUUAUGGUUCUCAGGAAGAACGAAAAGAAAUGAGAUUAGGUUGGCGAAACGGAGAUCUGGAUGAUGUCGAUGUUUUGUUAACGACGUAUAAUUUAAUUAGCAGUACACCAGAAGAACGGAGAUUGUUUCGUGUUAUGCCUCUCGGUUAUGUUAUUUUUGACGAGGCUCAUAUGUUAAAGAACAUGAGUACCAUCAGAUACGAAAACCUUGUUAGAAUUAAUGCAAAACAUCGAAUUCUAUUAACGGGUACUCCACUACAAAAUAAUCUGUUGGAACUUAUGUCGUUGCUGAUAUUCGUAAUGCCUUCGCUGUUUGCUGGUAAACAAGCUGAUUUAAAAAGUUUGUUUUCAAAGAACCCCAAAAUUCCAGCAGUUAAAAAGGAUGGCGAACAGCCAUUAUUUGAACAGGAACAAGUUAAAAAUGCAAAGCAAAUUAUGAGACCGUUCGUACUUCGUCGAUUGAAGUCUGAAGUUCUUCAAGACUUGCCGAAAAAAAGCGAACGAGUAAUAAAAUGUCCAUUGACGAAAAAGCAAAAGAAACUGUACACAAAUUUAGUUGCUGAGUUUUCAGCCGAAGCGGACCAAAGCACCGAAGUUAAUGGUAUUGGAAUGAUGAUGCAGCUGAGAAAGCUUGCUAACCAUCCGCUCUUAGUGCGGGAUUAUUACAAUGAUUCCAAGUUAAAAAUAAUAUCAAGUAGAUUAGCAAAGGAACAAGCGUACAAGCAAAAGAAUGCCGAUUAUAUAUUUGAGGAUUUACAAUGGAUGUCAGACUACCAAAUAAAUCAGUUAACAAGGACGUAUAAGAGUUUAGCUGGAUUAGGGUUACCACAGGAACUUAUUCCAGAAGCUGGAAAGUUAAAAAUAUUGGACAAGAUGUUACCAAAGCUCAAAAAAGAAGGUCACCGUGUAUUGAUCUUCAGUCAAUUCACCAUGGUAUUAGAUAUACUAGAAGAAUAUCUAACAAUCGGAGGGCAAAAAUAUUUAAGAUUGGACGGUAGCACUCCAGUAACAGAUAGACAGGAUUUGAUAAACGAGUAUACGGAAGAUGAUAGUAUAUUUAUAUUUUUAUUAUCUACAAAAGCUGGAGGUUUAGGGAUCAACUUAACAGCUGCAGAUACCGUUAUAAUACAUGAUAUUGACUUUAAUCCAUAUAAUGAUAAGCAAGCAGAAGAUCGUUGUCAUAGAGUAGGCCAAAAGAGACCGGUUACUAUAAUGAGAUUAUUGGGCGAAGGUACUAUAGAAGAAGGCAUGUAUGAAAUAGCUCAGGACAAAUUACAUCUUGAACAACAAAUUACAGAUGAAGGAGAAAAUGAGAGCGCAGAUAAAAAGAGUGUACUGAAGUUACUUAAGAUGACAUUGGGAUUGGAUCACAAUAGAUCCUUAUCUCUGUCACCAGUAAAAAAUGCAAGAACGAGUAACGGAUUAUUGAAUAGUGAAGCGAAAUGUAAUAUAGAAUUUUAA